CGUUAAUAUUUGACGGCGCAGAGCUACGCGCUUGGGUUGUUUAAAUUAUAUUUUUUGUUCUCGCCAAAAAAACGUGAAUUAUAUUUUGUUUAUAUUUGUAUUUUGCUAAAAGUUGUUAUAAAAAAUUGAAAUAAAUCUAAAAAUAUUAAACUAUAUAAUGGAUACUUGCAUAUUAUGCAAAUCUAAUAAAAAAGAUGAUAUACAAUAUGGAGAAUUUUUGAAAAAUAAACAUUUCGGUGUACACACCUAUUGUCUGUAUUUAUCUUCAAAUUUAUCACAAAAUGGUGCAGAUGACGAAGGCUUCUUGGGUUUCUUAGAGGCUGAUAUUAAACAGGAAGUGCAGCGUAUUAGUUUAUUGAAAUGCUGCUACUGCCAUAAAAAAUAUGCCAAUAUUGGCUGUUGUAAUAUGAAAUGCCGUCGUACUUUUCAUUUUAUUUGUGGUUUGGAACAUAGUGCUGAAAAUCAAUUUUGUCAUGAUUAUCGCUCCUAUUGCCAUAGCCAUGCUAAGAAAGUCAAACAGCGACCGUCUCCCAAGGAGACUUGUCUUAUUUGUUAUGAUAAUUUGUGCAGCCCUGAAGAGAAAUUCAAUAGUGUUAAUAUGAUUUUGACUCCUUGCUGCCGUAAUGGUUGGUUUCACAAGCUGUGCUUACAAAAGUUUGCCAAGACGGCGGGUUAUUUCUUCAAGUGUCCGCUGUGCAAUGAUUCCGAUGUAUUUCGUGAAAAACUUCCGGCAAGAGGAAUAUUUAUACCUAAUCAAGAUGCCGCCUGGGAACUGGAACCCAAUGCCUUUGCCGAGCUCCUAGAACGACCUAACGAAUGUGCCGCCCAAGAGUGUAAAAAUCGUAAAGGCCGUAAAGCAAGUAGUGAUCUCAAUCCUUUCGUAAUGUGUAGUACUUGCGGCUCCACAGCUAUGCAUCGACAAUGUUUGCCCAAUGGUGGCAAACGAUUUCAUUGUGCCGAUUGUACUAUAGCUUUGGAAGAAGGUGACAGUGGACGAGAAAGUCUUAAUUUACAAUCACAGACGGCAGAUAACGAGGAAGAAUACAUUGAUGUGUGUCAUGUUAGUGAUAAGGAAGAUUUAGAUAUAGUCAACAGAUUAAUAGGAUCAAAUAGGAAUAAGAUGGAUAAUAAAAGAGAUUCCGGAACGCAUCAUCACAAUGAUGAUGAAGAGAGUACAGAUGAAGAAAUGGUAUUGGCAGCAGUAAGAAGACAAAAACGGGGAAAUAACAGACGUUUAAGAAGUGACUCGGAAAACUCAGAUUUGCCACAGACCUCGAAAAGCAGAAGAACUUUAAGAAUACGAAGUGAUACAGAAACAAGUAACGAUAUUUCAGAUGAAGAAAUUAAACCUAGAAGUAAAGUUAAUAUAAGACGUUUAAAAACUGAUAGUGAAAGCAGUAAACAUGAUAGCCGCUCCAGCGAUGAAGAGGAAAUAAAGCUAACACAACGUAAAAGAAAGUCAACUAAUGUUUUAAAGGAUUCAGAAGAUGAAGAAGAGGCAGUAGGACCAGCUAAACACAAACGUUUAGAGGAGAAGAAAGACCAAAUGGAAGAUGAUAAUUUGGAGGAGACUUUAAUGAGCGAAGAAAGUGAUGAGGAUGAUGAUCCUUUAGAAAAUUUCACUAAAAUUGUAGAAAAACAAAAGAAUAUCAGCUGUAUAGCAUUAAGAACUAGAAGAUCUCUUACACAAAAUAAACACCAAGACUCAACAAAUCAACAACAUAUGGUGACAACGACUUCUAACGAAAAGGAAAAUAAAAAGAAUGAAGUUAAUUUAACGAAUAAUCAAAGAUUUCCAAAUGCAAAAGAAACGAAAAGGGAGAAAAGUAAAUUUGUGCCCUUAAAAGAUGAAGAAAAUCAUAAAACCAAUUUGGAUAUAUCCUGCAUAGCUAAAAGAACUAGACGCAGAUCUUUAAAUUGUCAAAGUAGUAAUAAAACAAACAGUGAAACGAUAAAACAACAAUCCGAAAAUCCCUUAAAUAUAUCCUGCAUAGCGGUUAGGACAAGACGUAAAACAAUAUGUGCCGCAAGCAAUUACACGCCACAAUCACUUUAUGAAAUGUCACAAAUCUAUGAAAAAAUCCAUGAAACAGAUGAAGAACUGCCAACAGAACCAGAAACAGAAGAGGAAUCAGAUGAGGAAUCACAAUUACAUGAGGUUAUGGUCGAUACAGAUAUGGAUAAUUUCAUUGUGGACGAUGGUUAUGAGGAAAAGGAUAGUAAAUUUGAAAUAUCUUGCAUAGCAAAUCGUACACGCAAGAGGAAAUCUUUAAGACCCGAUAAUAAAACUUUACAAUCCAUAAGUGAAUGUGAUUCCGACUGCAGCUCUGCGACAAACAGUAGUUCUUCGGUCAACUCAAAUACUCAUCUUCUAACGGCUAAUAUUAACAUAAGAAAACGCUGUAAUUCUAAUUCUUCACAGGAAUAUAACACAUCACCCUUAUUUACUAAUACCUCUUCCCGUCAUGACUUAAAACCUAAAACUAUUUCACCUUCUCUUUUGCUGGACAAAUUGCCUCAACGUAAUUAUGCUGCCUAUCUUCCCAGCAAAUAUUCUACAAAAUCCUCUUCCGCCUCAACAGAUGCUAUACAUCAUUCACGCCAACACUAUCAUCCCCCCGUUUCCUAUCAUCCUCAUAGUAAUAAUCGUAAAAGAUUUUGAACUUUCAAUUUUACUUUGUUUUCUUCUAGAAUCUAAAUGAAAAUCUUUAUUUUAUUUGUUGUAUGAUUUUCGGAACUAAAUUCUAUUAUAAAUUUGUUAUUUUUUAUACUGAUUUUUCUAUAUAGCGUUCAUAAACUUUACAACUUGUUUUAACAAGGUUUUUCUCUCUAUCUCUGUAUUAGUCUAUAGAUAUUCUAUAUUACUUUUACCAAGAAGUAUUUUUUUGUGCUAUUUUUUUAUAUGUAAUUUAAUAUACAUUUAUUCAUAAUAUCUA